CUGGCUAAUUUGUAGUCAUCAAAGCACAAUUUGCAGAACGGGGCUCUAAUCGAGGCUGAAAAGCAUGGAUCUUUGUCUUCGGAGGAUUUCCUUUUCUGUCAGCGUUUGGGCCGUCUUCCGAACUCGGAAGAGCUCCCUCCACCCUGAGGCUGCGCGAACCGAGAAGUUUCGAAUGAAGCUUUGCCAGUGCCUCGGAGUAAAUAGUCUAGGUUUCGGAUUCUGCCCUGGCGUAGGUUGGUUGCUGUUGCUCCUUCGAUCUCCGUCCCGGCAAAGAUUCAAAGCCCAAGAACGGCUGCUCCAGGGGAUUUAGCACCAGCGCCGCCGCCACCGCCGCCACAUGAUCCAGCCAUCCCGUGACUCUCAUCACUGUGAGCUAAUUGGGAACUAUGAAGAAAAGUCUAAAACUCUGUCCUACAAGGUGCUGCUGCUGCUGUUUCGAUUAUUCCCUCGUCCAAGCCCUCCAUGGCAUCUCCCAGGCUAGAGACCUGUUGCCCCAACCGGGACGCAGCUACUCAGCUGGUCCUGACUUUCCAACCGGAGGUCUUCUGCGCGGUUUGCCUCGGCAGCGCCUCAGCUGGUCUCCUGCUCAGCGUCCUGCAGCUCCUUCCGAAAAGGGGACAAGGCACACGGAAGAUCCCUAAAGCGUCCUCCUCCUCCACCACCACCACCACCCUCCUCCUCAUCUCUGCCUGCGACAUACUGGGCUCUUUAGGUAUAAUCUUCAGAUCAACUGUCUGGUUAGGGUUUCCAGGUUUUGUAGCAAACAUAUCUAUGGUGAAUGGGACUGAUGUGUGGCCUGCUGCUUUCUGUGUGGGUAGUGCGAUGUGGAUCCAACUCUCCUACAGCGCUGGCUUUUGGUGGCUGUUUUGCUAUGCUGUAGAUUCCUACUUGGUUGUUAGAAGAUCAGCUGGGCUGAGUACAAUGGUGUUGUAUCACAUGAUGACAUGGGGCCUGGCAAUCCUGUUCUGUGUGGAGGGAAUUGCUAUGCUAUACUACCCUUCAGUUUCUAGUUGUGAAAACGGUCUGGAGCAUGCGAUUCCCCAUUAUGUCACUACAUAUGUUCCAUUAGUGAUUGUUCUAAUGGUGAACCCGAUCCUUUUCAAUCGAACGGUGUCAGCUGUUGCAUCUUUACUGAAGGAAAGACAAGGAAUCUAUACAGAGAAUGAAAGACGUCUGGGGACAGAGAUCAAAGUUCGCUUUUUCAAAAUUAUGCUGGUGGUCACUGUUUGCUGGUCAUCAAAUAUUAUCAACGAGGGCCUUCUGUUCUAUCUGGAAAUGCAGCCGGAUAUCAGUGGAAGCCUCUUGAAAAACGUCCGAAAUACUGCAGUGAUCACGUGGAUUAUAAUGGGAGUACUGAAUCCAAUGCAAGGCUUCCUUUUCACAUUGGCCUUUUAUGGCUGGACAGGCUGGAAGCUGGACCUGCAGUGGCGAAAAAGAGAAAUACCUUGGGAAUCUAUGUCAACAUCAGCUGAUGCUGAAAAUGCUUGUGCCUUGCCAAGUGGAAACUUUGCGAAUUUCCUUGACUCAAAGAAAGCAACAGUAGUGCCAAAUCAUCAGACAGAUGAAACCUUAAGCAUGCUGUCUCAGGGUUAUCUUGGCAGUGAUGACAGGCUAACUAGGAACUCGCCUGUCUACCAGGACUGGUAACGUGCAGUAUUGGGAAUGGUCAUGCUUGCCCCUGAAGACCUGCAUGUGUGAACGGACCACCGCUGACAUGAACGUUCUCUUGAUGGGAGUAUAUAUCAUGUUUAACAUGGUUGAUUCGCCUAUUCAGCUGCCAGUCAACAAGUGCAGCGGGGGUGUACAUGAAUGAAUAGGGAAGGAUACCCUCUCCUUCAUGGUCUGAUUACGCAAUUAUAUUGCUCACCAGUAUACCACUGUUUUCUCUAUCGGUGGGACUAUUUUUCCACUCAUCUACCCUCUAAGAUACCCUUGCUAGAGAGAAAAAUGCAUGUGAGAACAAAAAUGAGAGAAGAUAACUUUUAAUAAUGCUUUUGGAAGGUUUCUGUGGUACACAGAACUGACUGGUGCCAUAAUGUCAAUUGACAGGCUUGUUUUAAUGUCAUCUGUAACUAGUGUGUCUAGUAGUAUGUAAGUUUGUUUAAUAAACAUGUUAUGGAA